AUGACCACUACAUACAGCACAAGCGGCACUCCCUUGACUCCAAACGAACAUGGCACCACAAUCCUUAACAUCACGCUACACCCCACCAAGUUCUUGAUCAGACCAGCUGGCAAUGUACUCAAAGCUUAUCCCGAAAAGGAAAAUAUGGCCGAAACAAGCAAAAACAUCAGCAACGUUAGAACUCGACGGCUGACGGAUCCCCUCCCGCUCUCGUGGGACUCUGCGGCAGCUUGGUGCAACCAAGAUAACAACUCAUCAGGCGCACAUUUGGAACGAGCUAGGACUGAUGUGAUAUUCCAAGCAGAAUCCCGAGAACUGCAAAUAGGCCUAACAAUGGCAAUCCAAAUGGCUUUAAUACACAGCAAACAAACAUUGAUUUUCCUCAAAUGA